AUGGCUUUGCUUAACAGCCCUAGCGACGCCAUUCAAUCAACUCAAAUAAUGCCUAAAUGGGUAAGAAAGUGUGAGCGUUAUUGCUGUUUAGGGGUCACAUACUUCCCUUUAUUUUUUGUCUACAGUCUAACGACGUGGGCGGUUUGGGUUGAAACAACAAUCGGAUUUUUAUUCCCAAAUUAUGGUUGGGCCGCAUCGUUUCUCGGGAUUUUUCUCUUUGUAAUGCUCAAUUGGUCUUACACUACAGCAGUGUUUACAAGUCCAGGAACGACUACAAUUAGCAAUGGGUAUCAAUCGCUUCCGACCCAAGUACACCCUGUAGCAACGAACUUCACAGUGAAGGCUAACGGGGAGCUGAGAUACUGCAAGAAGUGCCAAGCACGAAAGCCGGACCGCGCACACCAUUGCUCGACCUGUCGCACUUGUAUACUGAAGAUGGAUCACCAUUGUCCAUGGCUAGCUACUUGCGUUGGGCUACGGAAUUACAAAGCCUUUCUUCUUUUUCUUAUUUACACCUCCCUCUUUUGCUUCGUUUGUUUUGGCGUCUCAGGAUAUCGGGUCUGGAAAGAAAUAUCUGGCGAUGGAGAAUUCACCGAAUCUUUAAUGCCUAUCAAUUAUGUAAUGCUAGUUGUUAUUUCGGGAAUAAUUGGCCUACUGUUGGCUGGCUUCACAGGAUGGCAUAUGCUCCUCGCUUCAAGGAACCAGACUACAAUUGAAUGUUUGGAAAAAACGAGAUAUCUCUCUUCCAUGCGAGGAUCAGGUCAAUUACUUACUGCAGAACAUCGACACGAUAUGGAGUAUUCAUCUCAAUUCCAGGCUGGAACAAAUGGAAACAAUCAGAUCUGUAAUGGACCCGACCGUCCAAGAAUGCAACACAACGUAUCAACAAACUAUAAUGAAUACGAACGAGCUCAAUCACAGCUACGGUAUGAAGAAUACCUAGAUGAGCAAGAUUCAGCGAAACUUCCAAAUGCAUUUGAUCUUGGAUGGAGAAUGAACCUACUCCAUCUGUUUGGACCUAGAAAAAUACUCUGGUUUCUCCCAGUCGUUACAACACAUGGAGACGGGUGGAGCUGGGAGCCGAAUCCCCAGUGGUUACAAGUUCGUGAGAAGAUAGCCCAGGAAAGAGAUGAACAAAGACAGAGGGAAUACAAUGCGGGCUGGGGGGUAGAGCCCUUAAAUCCAAAUGUAACAUCAUCUUAUGGGGAAUCUAAGCAUGCCCUCGCAGGAUCAAGUCCCAUAACUGGAAGAUUUACCGGCCCUUACAAGGUGCAUAUUUCUAAGGCCGAUAGGAUACUAGGUCGUACAGGUGGCUAUACAGACGAGGUUUCAAUGGAUAACUUGCGCCCUAUUGGCUCGAGGGAACAGUCUCAAGCGGAAGAUAACUACAACGUGGCCGAGACCAGUCCAUCAGAGCGAAGAUUUUCUAUGGGACUGCCUCAGAAGGUCGGCUUUGUUCCAAACAAAUUAUUAGCCAAUACCAUGGCGAGAAAAAAAGAUGAUUGUAGAUUUGAAGGACAUGAUGAAGAAGUCGACUGA